UUUCGUGGGCUCGCGGCGCUCCGGCGCAGGUGGAGAGGUCAGGCUGGCGGGGACUCCAGCGCCCGGCAAUGGCGGCGGGGAGCAGGAUGGAGGACAGUUCCCUGGACAUCAUACAGAGUAUCGAAGAUGAUGCGCUUCUGGAUGCCCGGCUUCUCCCACAGCCCUCUCUACAAACUCACUUUAGACCCAGAUUCCAUCCCCUUCCCACAGUCAUCAUGGCAAACAUUCUCUUCUUCAUACAGGUUGUCUUUGUUACUUUAGCAUUUUUAACAGGUGUGCUCUGUACAUUGGAUAAUCCAAAUGAUGACAAGUGCCCAGGAAAUUACACAAACCCACUGAAAGUUCAGACGGUCAUAAUCCUUGGAAAAGUUGUUCUGUGGAUUCUACAUUUACUCCUCGAGCGCUACAUCCAGCAUCACCACAGCAAGGCAAGAAACCGAGGCUACCACCGGAUAUACCGAUCCACAAGGCAUCUCAAAAGUCUCACCGUAAUGAUCCACUCCACGGGCAAUGCCAUACUUCUCCUGGUGUUGUGCAUACAGCAUUCUUUCCCAGACUUCAGCACUGUGUACCUUGUCCUCAUUCUGGCCACCCUGGUCCUGGAACUGAUCUGUUUCCUGGCCUGGCUGCUCCCGUAUGCAGUGAAAAUUGGAAGGUUUAAUAGAGCCAAACCACAGCCAGAUGUACUUGAAGAAGAAAAGCUCUAUGCUUACCCCAGCAGUAUUACCUCAGAGACUGGAUUCAGGUCUAUUUCAAGCCUGGAAGAAAUUGUUGAAAAGCAAGGAGACAUAAUAGUGUAUCUGAAGCGACACAACGCCCUGUUGAGUAAGAGGUUGCUGGCGCUCACCUGCUCCGACCUAGGCUCACAGGCGUGAGCACAGCUCCUGAGUUCAGAGUGACUUCAGACUAACUGAUCGCCUGCCGAGCUGCCCCAGGGACAUGCAGCCUUUGCUGAGUAGCCUUUUGUGUCGGGGGCCUGAACUUGAUUCUCAAUCUGUGUGGCUCUUCAGAAGGUGGGGCUUGUGGAUCACUGGAAAAGCUUUGUAGAAGCCUUGAGGCUUCAUAGAUGACUUGAGGAGAAUGUCUGUUUUGUACAUUUUUAAAUAAUUUAACUCUUGGGUUUUCCUAGGAUCAAAAGUACGGUUUAAGAACCCUGUAAUAAUUUGGCUCUUUGUGAAAAAAAUAUAAUAAUAAUUUGGCUCUCUGUAACGGAAGUCUCACAUGACCAUCUAUUUUAAAUAGGGUUUUAAACAAAUAAAUUCCACUAUUAAACGGAUGAGAAAAAUCAUUUUUGCUUGUGGUUAAUGUUUCUGCACAGCCUUAAGGGGCAUGUCAUAUGCUCGUGUGGUACUGUAUGAAGCUGAGGCCAUAGAGCUUUUUAUCCCCUUCAGUGUGGGGCUUGAUCCAGGGUCCCGCCAUGACAGCUUUGUAGAGUUCCUCACUGUAGGACCAAGAUCUCACCAAGGAGUCACUGUGCAAACUCUGCAGUGUUCUGUUCUUCAGAAAUGAGAUAGGAAGAUCACCAGAACCAAUACGAUUGAUGCCUGUGAUACUGCUAGCAUAUUCCAUUGUCAAAAGCUGGAAACUUCAGAAAAGAACUUACACCUUUCUCUUUAUUUUGCCCUUCAAGAAGUCGCCAUGUGGCAGUGGC